AUGGACGGCAACGGUGAAUGUUCAGAUCCCAAUGUUCUGUUUAAUGCUCUGUUUCGACAUGGAGGAGAGUUUAUUGAUAACAAUGGUGAAACGAUUUAUAGGGGUGGUGUUUCUACUUUAGUUUCGGGGGAACAUAUAGAUGAGUGGACAAUGCAUCAUAUUCUUAACUUAGUAACUGGGUGGGGGUACUUAGAAGGUUGUUUUAGGCUGUGGACCAAGAUAGUUGACAUAGACCCUAAUUACUUUCAGAUUACAAAUGAUGGGGAUGCCUAUGAUUUUGCUGCAUAUUGUUGUGCGAUGCAAGUGGAUGGGGAAAUUUUUGUUGAACAUGAUCCAAGUGUAGUUGGGAAUGUCACCCCUAAGUAUGUGUCUGAUUUAGAGGUUAGUGAUGAAGAAAUUAUUGAAGGUUUUAAUGAUAGUGAGGAUGAAAGGACAACUGCCAUUGUUGAUGGGUUUGAUGAUCUUGAUGGUAUUGAUGUAACUGUACCAAUUAGGGAGGGUCCAGUCAUUGCAGGCUUGUUACCAUGUCCAAAGAAGAAGAAAUAUGAUGAUGAGGAUGAAGAGGAAUACCUUAGUGAAGAGCUUAAUAGUUCUGACCCUGAUAACUCAGAAGAUGACAAAAAACCUAAGUUUGAAAAGUUCAAGAAGGAACAACUUACAAAGGACUUUAAGUUUAAGUGGGGCAUGGAGUUCACUUCCCUAGAUGACUUUAGGGAGGCUAUACGUGAGUGGACAGUUUUAAAUGGUAGGGAAAUAACAUUUGUUAAAAAUGAGGGGUAUAGGGUGAGAGUUGAAUGUAAAGCCAAGUGUGGUUUUUUAAUGCUAUGUUCCAAAGUGGGCCACAAGCACACUUAUGCAAUUAAGACUAUAAAGGACACCCACACAUGUGCUAGGGUUUUGGAUAACAAAACUGCAAAUUCAAAGUGGGUGGCCAAGGCAGUUGUUAAGAAAAUGCAGACCUGUGAAAACUUGAGGAUAAGUGAUAUUAUUCAAGAUAUGAGGCAAAAUUAUGGAGUGGGGAUCACUGUGGGCAGGGCAUGGAAAGCAAAAAUGAUAGCAAGACAAAUGAUAGAAGGGGAUGCAGACAAGCAAUAUUCAAACUUGUGGAGGUAUGCAGCUGAAUUGCACAGGGUGAGUGCUGGAAACACUGUAAAGAUCAACAUUGAGAGGCCAUCACCUUCCAUCCAACCAAGAUUUGGUUCAUUCUAUUUCUGUUUUGAGGGAUGUAAACAAGGGUUCAUACAUGGUUGUAGACCUUUUAUUGGGGUUGAUGGCUGUCAUUUGAAGACUAAGUAUGGAGGGCAGUUAUUGAUAGCAGUGGGAAGGGACCCCAAUGAUUAA